GCAAACGCCGUCAUCACGUCGUUGAUGCAAUUUUUCUUUCCUUACAUAAACAAUAAGAGGGCGGAAGAAUAUCCAAAGACGAUAUUGUGUUGUGCACGAUACCAUAUUCUAAUUGCUAUUGGCUCUAUUGAUCGUGGGUUCGAUGCACGUCGAUGUUGCAAAUGUAUACUAUGAGAAAUUUGAUCAGUCCAACUGUGUAAUAUAAGCGUAUUGUGUGAUCGUUUCAACUCGGCCGUUUAUUUAUCCCGUAAUUCAAAAUGGUAUAAGAACAAAGACGAAUACACAGCACGGACGCCAUCAUAACAGAAAUCGUGGACAGUGCAGAAUUAUAGAAACUCACCUUCAGCAAACAUGUCUACAAUUUCGACAACCAGGGUAUUGGCUGUCGCUGUGUAUUUAUCGGCCGCUAUAGUACCCAUAUUUACUACGACUCAGUCAACUUCGAAUGGAAACGACGACCCAAAAGAAUCAGGACUAACGUGGUGGCAAAUAUCUCUACUUGUGGUUGGAGGUUUACUUGUUUUUACCUGCUGGGGCUGUUAUUUCUUCUUUAAACACCGCGAGAAUCAACAGGCCAAAUUCAAACCCGUGGGCUCAGCCAAUGGUGACGACCCCCGGGUGCGUUCAAACUCUGACACAGUAGCAAUGGAGCCCCCUCAGGCAUCACCAGACAACACUGGGAAUGUGGAAGACUUGCAAGAUCCUGUUGAAAUGCGUGUUGAAAACACGCAGGAGAAUACGGACACACGUAUUGUGCCGCCAGACGAAAUUAUCAUUGAAAAUAUAAAUGAAAAUCAGCCGAUGACAUCUAGGUCAGCAUAUGAAUCGAAACUGAGUGAGAUGCCUGCGCAUGAGCGACGUGGGAGUAGUUCGCGAUAUGCGGCACUGGAUGAAGAAAUUGAUUAUCAGUGACGUCAGUCAGACUGGAGCAACAAGUGACAUAAUUAUACUGCGAGGAACAAGAUUCAAGUUGUACGUGUACGAACACUCGAAAAAAAAAACUUUGUUCGAACAUGUCAGUGGCAUGGUUCACAUAAGAAGUUAUAGAGAAUAACGCCAUGGUUAUGGCACAAACGAAGGAUUCGUGCAUUCUAAACGCGCUGUUACGCAACCAGGACAUGUCGAUACGUGGAAGUACGCACACCCACCUUUAUAUCUUGUUGAGUCGUGGUGUCGAUGAAAGCUAAAGUGUCAGUGACUUAGGCUAGAUAUUUUUGACCGAUCUCUUAACACGAAACGAUAAUAUAUGAACGUAUUUAUAUUUUUAUGUGUUAGAUUACAUGUAUAUUCUUUUAAUUUUGAAUCGGUGCACCUUAGUACAUAUAAUUCAAAUGUUAGUAAUGAGAAAUGGUAACAGAUUAAUAAUUAAUAUUUCACAUUUUUUAAUUUGUCAUGUAAUAUUAUCUCAUAUUUUCAUAAAUUAUAUUUAUUAUACAUACUGUCACAUCUUAGAAAGUAUAUUAACUUGAUUUUGUUAUUGCAAAAGUAGAUAAAGUUUCUGAUAUAGUCUAUGGAAAAUGUUUUUUUUUAAAGAUAGGCCUAAAUGUCAUUUUUAGAUUUUUAGAUAUAUGUACGAUAUGUGGUUUACGAAUUGUUUUAUUGUAUUCAAUGUAAGCAUGAAAUAUUCAUGUCAAUACUAAAACUAAUUAAGUUCUUAUAAAUAUAAUCAUUAUUCAAUUAUUGGAAAUAAUAAAGUGUUUAUUGGAAAUACUUGACAUUAUCGAAAUCAGACUCAUCGCCGCCUAUGCAAUUGUCAUUUCUCUACAUACUCCGAUUCAUUUGUGGUUGACACGAAAGUUUAAAAAGGGUGAAAGUUUAAGAUAUAUAUUUUUCCACUCUUGGUAAGCCAACAUAUCAUUCAUUUACGCAUAUCAUUCUAUAUGUAUUACUUUAGUUCGUUUACAGUUUUAACUAGUCCUAUGCACAUUUAUUUAUAAAUAGACUCACAAAACGUAUAAUCAUCAUUAUCUUCAUCGUCAUUAUCAUUUAAUUAUUAUUAUUAUUAUUAUUAUUAUUACAAUUCAUGAAAUUAAUCUAAAUAUCAAUAACACAUAAUUUGAUUAAGGCGAUGUAAUUUUGAAACAAUGACUACAGAAGAGUUGAUAAUUGUUCAUCCUCUGGUAAAGUAAAACUAGUAAAUAUAAUCUAUCGGUAAUGAUCUGUUGAAAAUGAUUGACAAUUGAGUCAAAAAGGAGAUUUUUUCCUAUAGGGCCUAUAUUUCAUGAAGCUGUAUGUGUUUGUAUAUGUAUAUGACCUCAUCAAUGCCGUAGCCAAGAUUUUCAAACAGUUCGGGACAAUUUUAGGGUGGACCCACUUUACGCCUUAAUUGACUAAACAUUGUUAAAGGUGUGGUUAGAUUAUGUCGAAUAAUAACGUAACCAAGCGUUGCAGCAAAUUUAGUUGGUCAGAAAUUACAUUAGAAAUACGUAUUCAUGGUUUUUAAAAUCUUUGAACACCAAACUGCAACGUUUUUAUAACGUAAAAUUUGUGCAUGAGCGCUGGUAAUUAAGAAGUAAGUCACUAAAAUUGAUAAUCAUUCUAUCAAAAUUUCUAACAUUGAAACAAUAUUUUUACUGUAAAAGACGGUUUUUAUAUGUGAGUUAUUAUGCUAAUUUAUUCUGAAUGACUUUACCAACGAUAAUCCCAUCAACUUGCCAAAACAAGGUAUGUGCAAUUGAUGUUGUCCCAAUUCUUUGGGUAUACUGAGAUAUCUCGUCUUUAUAUUCUAAAGAACAUUUUGUAUUUUUUAUGACAAAAUUAUCAAUAAUCAUUGAUAAUGGAAUGAUCUCUGUUUAUAACAUUUAUUAUUUGCAUUCAGAAAACUUAUGUUUUUAUCAGAGUGUUAUAAAUUUCAGUCACCACUUGUUUCAAAACCAGUACUAUUAUGUUAAACAUUAUAAUCAACAUAAUUUUGUUUUUAAUGAUUAUUGUAAGUGUUAAUAUAUAAGGCAACUAGCUUAGUAUGUAUCGGGAGCUAAAACUAAUCUUCGUGUAUUAUUUUGAUAACUAUUUAUGAUGCUCUUUAAUCAUCCCUCAAAAUAUUUGAUGAAACUUAAAGAUGUUCUUUGAAUUGUUUACUAAUUGUGAGUAUUUGUUUUGAGUAGGUGUCAUUGUAAUACAUUUUGACGUUUAUGAUAUUCAAUAAAACGGUUGGAAGUAGA